CCACCUCGUGCUUUGAUUUUGGAGAAGGCUUUUCCUGUAAGGAUUCUACUUUCUUUGUGUGUCUUCUAGGAAGUGGUCGGAGGUCGCCAUUGCUCCUUGCCACCUUCUUGGAUCUCUGAGGUGCCAGAUCGUGACUACAGUUUCUCCUUAUGGAAACUGUGUGAGGACAGUAGUGAAGAGCCACUGCCCUCAGAAGCCAGCCAUGGACCCAAAUGAUGAGAUAAUUCCUCUCCAAGAAAAGGAGAAAGAUGUGAGUUCUUCCCAAGAAAGUUCUAGUAAGGAGAGCCCUCAUGACGAAUAUCAUGAGGACAAUCUUCUAUGCCUACAACUCCAGGACAGUGAUGGAAACAUUCAAAAACAGGAUGCCUGCAGUGACCCUCAAAUACUAUACAACUCUUCUAUCUUCCAAGUCAAUGAAGAUGAUGGUACAUGUUAUGCUGAAUGCCACGAUAUAAUUUUUCCAGAGGACGAGUUGAACGAUAGCAUAGAGGAUGAAGCCUUAGGGGGCUGGUUCAAGAUCACAAUUCCAAAUGGGAGAAAGUACAGCAAGAUGUGGAUAAUCAAUUUACUCCAGAGCCAUUGCAGUGUGGCCUUCACACCAGUUGAUUUCCAGUACACCAGAAACGAGAUACAAUUCUUUGUCCGAAAUCCCAGAUGCGCCUAUGAACUGAAGAGUAUAAACUACCAGCUAAGUGAUGAGGAAAACAGAAAGAUAUCUAUCUAUGUUGAUUCAUCUACUGAGCCUUUAUCUGUGCAGUACAGGUUAACAUCAGAACAGAUGCAGAUCCUAAAGCUGAGCAUGAAGAAACGAUAUAAUAUCUCCCGUAAAUCUCUGUACCUCAAAAAGUUUCGCUUUGACCCAGACUUAACUGAUCAUGGGAUUGACAUAUUUCUGAACCGAAGAAGCUGCAUGACUGCUACCCUUCAGGUCAUCCAAGUGGAUUAUCCUGAGCUAUUGUCCUUGAACUUGAGCAACAACAAAAUAUACUGGCUAGAUGGUCUGUCUGAAUUAAUAGAGAGGGCCCCGCAAGUCAAGAUUCUGGACCUUUCAAGAAAUUUGCUGAAGACUGAGUGGGAGUUGGAGAAGAUGAAAGGGCUGAAGCUGAAAGAGCUGUGGCUAGAAGGGAACCCCUUGUGCAGCACCUUCCCAGACCAUUCUGCCUAUGUAAGUGCUGUUCUGAACUACUUCCCAGAGUUGUUACGCUUGGAUGGCUGGAAGUUAUUCCCAACAGUUGAUGCUGACACCUUGGAAAUAAUAAAACCACGUAAGGAAAGCUAUAGAGGAUCUGAAAGUCUGAAGAAUCUGGUCGUGCAAUUUGUGCUUCAAUACUACUUGAUCUACGACUAUGGUGAUCGACGCAGUCUCCUCACUGCUUACCAUGCAGAUGCCUGCUUCUCCCUGACCAUUACCUCCAUCUCCAACAAGCCAGACAUAAUAAGUUUAGAAGAAUACUGCAAGGAUAAUAGGAAUAUGCAGAAGCUCAAGGACUCCUGUAAGGAUGUAGUGAAGUGGUCAAGAAGGCAACAAAACGGUUCACAGUCCAGUGGGGUAUAAUGACGCCCAUCUUUGAUUUCUACUUUAUACAGUUUUGCGGUUGCGGCUGCUGAAGCACAAAAAAUGUAACAUUGUAACCUGCCUUCAUGAACUGCCAAAAACUCAGCACGAUUUAAAUUCCUGUGUAGUGGACAUUUGUGCCCAGACAG